AUGGCUCCCCGAUCGAGCAACCCCAGACAAUCCGUUGCUUCGCACAGGUCGACAUUAUCGCUGUCAAAGACCGAAGUCUCGAUCCAUGUCUACGAUCUGCUUCCUCCAGGGCGGUUAUCCUCUGUCCUCUGGACGGUCGGCGCGUCACUUCUUCAUUCAGGCGUCGUCAUUAACGGCAGAGAGUAUGCCUACGGCGGACACGAGCGACGCGGGGUGACCGGGGUCUACUGGACGAAGCCCAAGACAGAGCCCCCCGGCGGCACGUUCAAGUCGGAGAUCCUUCACGGCUUCACCUUUGCGACGCAGGCCGAGAUCGACGCGAUACUCGAGGAGGCGUCCAAGGAGUUCCUGGGUACCUCCUACAACCUCCUGACCAAGAACUGCAACCACUUCACCUCCUACCUGUGCAAGAAGCUUACCGGCCGUCCCGGUCCUGGCUGGCUCAACCGUGCGGCGAGCAUCGGCGUCGCGUUGCCAUGCGUCGUCCCCCGAGACUGGAUCGACCCGCCCGAGUACGAGACUGCCGACGGCGCGCUCCUGGAAGAUGACGAUGACCACGCACACGAAGGCUCUAGGAUGCUGAAGCAGUCACCGCCGAGAUUUCUCACCCAAAACCCAAAGGAUCAGGCCGAGGACGCCGACUGGGACAGCGAAGAUGAGCGUCGCCGUGGAGGUAAUGGCAAGGGCAAGAAAGCUGUGAGGGACACUGCAGGGCGCGAUCUGCCUGCUGCCGAAAGGGCCCCUGAUGGGAAGUGA